AACUACUCGACAUGGUGUCAGACGUCAAGGGCCAUUUAGUUUCAACUUUCAACUCAAGCAGUCCGGCUCAAGUACAGCUGCGACUUUCAAAAUUGUAACCACCAUCUGUCGCUCUGCUCCACCAGCGGGUUUGGAAUUUAAGGAAGUCCAGAAGUAUGGCGCACCGACUGCAGAUGCGAAGCGAUGACUUCGACGUCAUCGGCGCCGUACCGCGUGAUCUGUCGGUGAUAAAGAAUUUCCUGAAACGCGAUUGCGCUGUCAAGCGGCUGAUCGAUAUCGAGGAGGAGUUCCUACAGCAGUGUGUGGAGCGGGGCGAGGACCCCACGGUGCCAAAGAAGAAGAGAGAUAGCGACGCCCGGCGCGGUAGCUCACAGGGUUCCAAUGUACCAGAGCCAAAGCCGGAUCCUUGUGCGAGCAAAACACCACCUGAUGCAUCGGGGCCGGACUACUGUGAUCCCUGUCGAAGGCUUAAAACAUCAGUGGGACUCGAGGAGCUCACGAUGCCGUCUACAACGAAUCCUGCGUUCAACAAAGCUCUUCCGCGGUACUUUGACGAGGAGACCGUGAUGGGCAACUCUCUGCCUGUCAAAUUUCGCUUCCGACGCAAGUUCAAUCCCUGUGACCAGGAGAAGCCCAACAACCUAAUAUGCACCACCACUCCGAGCACAAACGUCGUGGUGCUGACCAAUAGCUGCGAUGUAAUGGCAUGGCCCAGCCAGCGUGUGACGCAGAUGAACCGUGUGCCUGUGACUAUGCUGACGGGUGAGGCCGAUCUUACCGAGUACAUGUUGGAGGAAGAGACUAUUAUGUAAAAAGGAAUAAACGCCAAAGGAGGGCAAUGCUAUAAAAUAGCGUAUAGAUAGCAUA